AUAGGAAUACACAAUCAGGGAAUCGGUUGUGUAUUCCUAUAUGUGGACUUUCUAUUGAAUGAUAUUCUUGAAAACAACAUAAUGAUAUAUGCAUCUUUGUUUUAUUUCCUGACUCAAAGAUUUUGAAAUAGAAUAUUCUAUAAUUAUUUUUAAAUAGUUAAUUGGAUCCCUGGAAAUAAUGGAAGUAUAUUAGUGUACAGGUAGCUAGUUUACAUAUUAAUUUGUGGGGAGGGCAAGUUUUGCAGGCCCAUUAGCAGUGUUUUAAAAAGCUGAUCAGUAACAGGAAGCUUAUUCUGUUUCAGCUCUAGUGAUCUCUCUAGUGAUCACCUAAUGGCCUACCUCUGCCUUUGAACAAAGACACUGUAUUGUCGCAGAUUCUGAGCUGCUCAUCUUGUGACUGACACCUAAUUGACACUAUAGCUGGGUGACAUUGUCUUGUUGCAUUUGAGGAAUUAAGCUGUGGAACAAUUACGAGCCCACAAAUAAUUAAUAAGAAACCUAAUCUCUGUAUUUUGAGAAUACCCAGUAAAAACAAAAUAAAAAACAAUAUUAUGUUUACCACGUUGGGCAUGCAUUCAAAUGAAAAUGUACCACUUUUCAUCCAAAAUAUUUGUACUCAUUGGAGGAGCAGUUCGAAGUAUUUUUAAAAGCAUUUUAAAAUGGUUUUGGACAUUUAAAAAAUGACACUUGCAUAAUGGUAUAUAUUUACAUGAGAAUAAUCCAAUCUUGCAACAAACAAGGCCCUGUACUGCGCAGAAUGCGCUCAGAGAAAGCUUCCCCCUGCUGUACCCUUGUGCUACACGUCUGUCUGUGACUUUUUCCAUCCCCCCUUUUCUGUUAUUUCAUUCCACAUGAUUACUUGUUUGUCGAAUCUGGAACAGCUAGCACUGUAAGAUAAAUGUACAGAAAUUAUCCCUUUUGUUUUUGUCAGAUCUGGAACAGAUACUGCUAAAUGGUGAUUAAACCAAACAGCCCAAUAAAAACAUAUAUCUUUACAUUACCCAGUUAAAUAGAAAAAAAAUUCCCUUCAUCUUUUAAAAAAGAAAAUGUGUUCUCUUUUAUGCACACACAUUACCAAGCUGUACUUUUUAAAGACAGAAAAAAGGGCGGAUCAGUUGACAAACACACAAGGGGGUUGGGGUUAGGUGCAACCCGAUACACCACUGAUGCAGGGCUACAAGUUACCGGCCAUUCUCUGUGGUAAACGUCACAGCCCAGUGGCAUAAACUUCAGUCACAGCCCCAAGCCGGCAUGGUAACCAGCCUCUUGUCAACAUUCAGAGGGUAUCAGCGGAACUUCCAUGUUCACUUCUCAUGGAUAAAAGCGUGAUCAAAUUCAGCCACUGUAACAAAGACAUUUAUUGCUUCUUUGUGCCGGAGGAAUGCCCAGAAUGUGGAGUCAGCUUCAGUGGCCGGAGACUUGAGGAUGCUCCCAUCAGUAUCCCUAAUCCAUUCUCCAAUGGGCAUAAGGCCCCUUGCUCGUUCCUGGUAGCCCCCACUGAGCACACCUUUCUCAGGGACUUUGAUGGGGAAUCUGACCUACAUACUGGGAUCACUGACACUAAAGGUGUGGUCUACAACUACACAAAGACAGGGGUGCAAAAGGACACCCUGGGAUGGGAGAAGUGCAUAAGCGUGCCUCUGGUUCAGCCAGACAUGUACAGCCUCAUUGAUCAAUGGGACCAGUACCUGGAGAAGUUCUCCUCAGCACAGACUUGGGACCCACAAUGCCAGAGAUUCGAUGAGGAGAAACACAACUGCUAUAACUACACCCUGGCCUUUAUAAACUGCGUACUGGCCACACAGGACAAAAGGGCACUCAGCAAGGAUGAGUUCACACAGAACUUUGUUGUUCCCCGGAUCAAGAGAGCUUCCAAGUACAGAAUGCUGUGCGAGGAGAUCUCCAAAAACUACUUCUACAUUGUGGACAGUCCUCCAAAAGAACCAGAAGAUGGAAACUCUGAGAGAUCAUUUUGACUACCCUGUGACACACUGUUCUCAAACUUGAGGGUGCUGUGUUAUUUGUUUCUUUAUUCCUGAUAUUUACCAAUGAUGAGAUGCAACAAGUAUGCUUGAUUGGUACAUUGAAUUUUUGCUACUAUGGAUAAGACCUCGUAGUCAACCAGGGAAUUACAAUUUAUUUACUUGGAUCAGUAUUCAAAGCCUCCUUAAAUAGCAAACAAAUGAAACAAGCCAUGAUAAAUCAUAAAGAUCUUGCAUUAUUAAACAAUGUGUUGAAACAAAUUUUCUUCUCCGAGAGUGGAAGCAGACUUCUCCACAUCGACUCAUUCAAGACCUGAAUGUUGUGAACCUUGCCCCCAAAUAAUUUUUGACCAGAACGAUCAAGCUGACAGCUUGUAAGUUAAACCUACGUUACUACACUUUAAUUUGCUCAAUAAUUUCCUCUCUCCACCUCAGCUGACAUGUGGUAAGUGCUGAGGUGAAUCAAUUGUCGCAUAUUUUGGAUCACUGUUCUGUUAUAGGAUGAAGUGCCAUCCAAUAAGUUUGGAGGCAUUCAGUUAAACCUCAGCAGAAAAGAUGCUAAAUUACUAUGAGCAGUUACAUCAUAAAUUAAGACAAGUGAGCCAGUAUCUGUGGCAGCCAUACAUGCCCAAACCAUAACACCCCCACUAUGUUAACAGAUGAGGGGAGUGCUUUGGAUCUUAGGCAGUUUUUUUAUGGCCUCUACAAUUUGCUUUUGCCAUCACUCUGAUACAAGUGAAUCUUGCUCUCAACUGUCCACAAGACCUUUUGCCAGAACUCUGGGUCUUUUAGAUACUUUUUGGCAAACUGUAGCCAGGCCAUCCUGUUUCUGUUCAUGAAGUCCUCUAUACACAGUAGUUACUGACACAUCCACGCCUGCCUCCAUACAGGUGAUUUGGGGGUUAUCAACUGAAGAUGUCUUCCUUGGCCUACCAAGCCCUUUCCAAUUAUGGAGUUUUAUAAAAUUAGCAGUUUGAUUUUAGGUUUCCUUGUUUGCCACUUAAAUAGGUUUAUAUGCUUAUUAUAAAAUGUUACGUUUAAACACAGACACCAACCUACAAUUUUUCAUUAUCAGAUUAAUCAUUUUGUUAUUAUGGUUAUUCCAAAGUAGUCAGUAUGUGACUACUAGUACUUCCAUACUAGUCGUCACAAUUAGUUUGGUUGUAUGAUGCAGGUUAACUUGUCUUACACUAUAAUUUAAGGUACUGUUAUCUUUCCAGUUAAUUAUUAGAUCUAUAUGUUUAUGUAUUUUGCAUUAAAGUGUAACUGUCAGGUAGAUUAGCUGUAGUAUAUUCUGCUUUAGUUUUUCAGAUUCAUGCAUAUUAACUACUAUUCUUUCAAUUCUCUACCUAUGUUACAACUCUUGUUGUUUCUGUAAUAUGUAGGCCAUUCAAUGUAUCAUGCCAUGUUAAGUUUGUACAUUACAGCUUAUUCCAAAUAA